CACAGCCGUCGUGUCUCUCAGCCAGUUCAGUAUAUAAGGGAAAACUGGCGGCAAAGCAGUCACACACUCAGCUCGGCUCCUUCAGGACGACAGCCCAGACACCGACAUGAAGCUGGCAAUCCUCUCCUGCCUGGUGGCUGCCGCCGCCGCUAUGGGCGGCAGCUACGGCGGCGGCUACGGCUCCGCAGGUGGCCUGUUCCGUAGAGGAGCGUUCGGCCGCGGCCUCUUCAACCGUGGUCUGGGCAACUUCGGCUACGGCUACGGAACCCAGUACGGCCUCGGAAACUUGGGCUACGGAAACCAGUACGGCCUCGGAAACAUUGGCUACGGAAAUCAGUACCGAUACGGAAACCAGUACGGCCUCGGAAACCUGGGCUACGGAAGUCAGUACCGAUACGGAAACCAGUACGGCCUCGGAAACCUGGGCUACGGAAGUCAGUACCGAUACGGAAACCAGUACGGCCUCGGAAACCUGGGCUACGGAAGUCAGUACCGAUACGGAAACCAGUACGGCCUCGGAAACCUGGGCUACGGAAGUCAGUACCGAUACGGAAACCAGUACGGCCUCGGAAACCUGGGCUACGGAAACCAGUACGGCCUCGGAAGCCUGGGCUACGGAAACCAGUACGGCCUCGGAAACCUGGGCUACGGAAACCAGUACGGCCUCGGAAGCCUGGGCUACGGAAACCAGUACGGCCUCGGAAACCUGGGCUACGGAAACCAGUACGGCCUCGGAAACCUGGGCUACGGAAACCAGUACGGCUACGGAAACCAGUUUGGACUCAACAACUUCGGUCUGCUCGGCGCCCGUGGGCUCGGUCUCGGCUACGGAAACCAGUACGGCCUCGGAAACCUGGGCUACGGAAACCAGUACGGCCGUGGAUUUUUCCGGGGUGGUAGGGGAAGUUAUGGUUCCAGCUACAGUGGAUAAACCUUCCGUUAAUAACUACCAAAGAAAAUGAUGCAAUUACUGACAAUGUGCUCACAAUAUUUGUGACCCUCUAUUUCGCCUGUACUGAAAAACGAGUGUGGUUGUGUCCCAUGUUAUGUCCUAAUAUGUGUGCUCAAGCAAGUGUUGUGGUAAAAUACAAAUUACUGUCACAACCACAAAAA